AUGAAGCUGAAGUUGCCAAACCCAGGACUGGAUGACCGGAUCCCCUCUUACGCGGAACUGGAGAGGAUGGAGAAGGAGGAGGCAGGAGACAGGCCCAAAUGGGACAACAAAGCCCAGUAUCUGCUCACCUGUUUGGGCGUCUGUGUGGGACUUGGCAACGUCUGGAGGUUCCCUUACCUGUGUCAGAGCCACGGUGGAGGAGCGUUUAUGAUUCCUUUCCUUAUCCUGCUGGUCCUGGAAGGAAUCCCACUGCUGCACCUGGAGUUUGCCAUUGGCCAGCGCCUGAGGAAGGGCAGCGUGGGAGUGUGGAGGUCAAUCAAUCCAUACCUGACUGGAGUUGGUAUUGCGGCCUUGCUGGCCUCAUUUUUCGUGGGUGUAUACUACAACACCAUCAUGGCCUGGAUCAUGUGGUAUCUCUUCAACUCCUUUCAAGAUCCUUUGCCUUGGAGCCAAUGUCCUCUCAAUGCUAACAGGACAGGUCUGGUGGAGGAGUGUGCUCGGAGCAGCAGUGUUGACUACUUCUGGUACCGGGAGACUCUGAACAUUUCAACAGCUAUAGAUGAGUCUGGAGGCAUACAGUGGUGGAUGGCUCUAUUACUGCUGGCUGCCUGGACUUUGCUUUAUGUCUUCACCAUCCGGGGAAUCGAGACCACUGGAAAGGCUGUGUACGUCACUUCCACUCUGCCAUACGUGGUCCUCACAAUCUUCCUCAUCAGAGGACUGACUCUGAAAGGAUCUAUAGAGGGGAUCAAGUUCCUCUUCAUACCAGAUGUAAAUGAGUUAAUGAAUCCUGAGACCUGGUUGGAUGCAGGUGCUCAAGUUUUCUUCUCCUUCUCUCUCGCCUUUGGAGGUCUCAUCUCUUUCUCCAGUUACAACUCUAUUCACAACAACUGUGAACAGGAUGCCGUUCUCAUCUCCAUCAUCAACGGCUGCACCUCUGUGUACUCAGCGACCGUUAUCUACUCCAUCAUCGGCUUCAGGGCCACGCAAAAAUUUGACGACUGCACAGCAGACAACAUCUGGAAGCUGAUGAAUGCCUUUAGCUAUCCUGAAAACAACAUCACAGACAGCAACUACAAUGAGGUUCUGAACCACUUCAACCAGACUAAUCCAGAUAUCAUUCAAGGAUUACAAUUACAGACCUGUGACCUGCAGGCUUACCUCAGUCAGGGCGUGGAGGGAACAGGUCUAGCCUUCAUCGUGUUCACAGAGGCCAUCAUCAACAUGCCUAUUUCUCCUAUAUGGGCUGUCCUCUUCUUCGUCAUGCUCUUCUGUCUCGGCCUCUCGACUAUGUUCGGGAACAUGGAGGCAGUCGUAAUUCCUUUGCAGGACCUCAAAUUGCUGCCCCAAUCUUGGCCCAAAGAGGUUAUCUGCGGUCUGACUUGCUUCAUCUCUUUAGCUCUCGGGCUGAUCUUUUCCCUGCGCUCUGGAAACUACUGGCUAGCUCUUUUUGACAACUUUGCUGGCUCUAUUCCCCUUCUUGUCAUCGGAUUAUCUGAAAUGAUCGCAGUUAUGUACAUCUACGGCGUAGACAGGUUUAACGAGGACAUCGAGUUUAUGAUCGGCCACAAGCCCAAUCUUUUCUGGCAGGUGACAUGGAGGGUGAUCAGUCCACUCGUAAUGGUCGUCAUCUUGAUCUUCUACUUUGUAACCCAAGUCAACAAGAGUCUCACUUAUUUGGUGUGGGAUGAGGACGCGGAAAGCUUCCCCACCCUUGAAGCACGUCCGUAUCCUACCUGGAUCUACGUCUUAAUUUUCAUCCUGGCUGGAAUUCCCAGUUUAUCCAUCCCAGGAUUCGCCCUCUUCAAAUUCAUCCAGAGGAAAUGCUGCAAGCAGAAGGACUACAGUGACGACACAGUGGACACUAUCUCUGCCAAAAUACAAAUGAAUGAAAAAAAUAAGUUUUAG